AUUGGUAAUUUGAGUUUGAAGUUAAUCACUUAGUAUAACGUUCUAGUUGUCCGAACGUGAAUUACAAUCACAGACAAAGACCAGAUAAAAGUUUGUUCUGAUGCAAGUUAGAUCUGGUUCUAGUUUUGAAAACUUCCGUCUGAAUCAAAAUCGACAACACAAGAAGCUGUUUUUGUGGGCUUGAUGACUUCAAAUUCGAACCAAGUACAAACCGUAAGCGCAAGAUCGCUACAAUGGUGAUUGUGAUCAUCAAUGCUCGAAGCUUCUUGGCCAAAAUUUUACAAAAAUGUUAUAUCAGCGUCCACGCCGUUUUCAUCACCCUGUUGCUACAUAUGGUGAAAUCAGCCCACCCAUCUUCGUCAUCCUCCCACCAUCUGUCAGGCGCGAACCAGCAGACCCACAAUGCAGACAACUCUUCUUCUAUGUCCCCUCCCUUCGCCUUUCCCUUCCCAACCAUCGUCUAAACCAUGGCUGGUGGCUUGGAGGAGCAAUCCCAGCCCCUUCUGCAUAAGAUUUCACCAUCAAUACCAACUACGGAGGGUGAGAUCGAUUCAUACCAUUGCCCACCCUUCGGCUUCAACCAUGGGCCGAGGCGCGUCCGCGAUCUCCCUUUCCUUUUUAUCUUCUUCAUCUUGGUCGCCUGCACAUUUGCCUUUGGCGUUUUCUGCGUUGCGCACCGGAAUCCCGACUACCGGAAGUUGGGGUACUUCGCUUUCGACAACAGUACAUCUUCCUGUGUCGAAUCUUCGACCAUUGUCGAUGAAAGAGGAACAUGUUCAUGGUUGAAUGCCGCCAACGUCGUGCCCAAGCUGCUUCUGGAAUACCUGGUGUCGACCCUGGCGAUCACUCUGGCGCUGAGCACGCCACUGAUGUUGGUUCUUCUUCGGCUAUUGAAGAACUACGCAAAGCAGGCGGUCUUCUUGUCGCUUCCACUCUUGGUGAUCAUCCCGCUUCUCGUUAAUGUCUUCUGGUUCAUCACUUGCACCCUUAGCGAGAGUUGUAGGGAAGCCUUUCCACUCGCGCUUCGCAUCUUCGUGCUAGUGUUCGUUUUUGGAGUGGUGGGCGUGAUUUUGUAUAUAAUUUUGGCGAAUUGGCGUAGCAUUGACCUCACUUCGAAGAUCUUGGGGAUCUCGGUGCAUGCUUUGGAGGAGAAUCUCGGGUUGCUUGGCGUCAUGCCGAGCUUGAUGUUUGCUCUGCUCGUCUUCUUCGCGCCGGUAAUAUUUUUUCUGGUUUUUGCACGGUUUAAUGGCAGGAUAGUUCCUCGAUCGAGUGGUAGCUAUGAUGAGCACUUGUGCGUCUGGAAGCAAGACCGAUGGGUGCCGGCAUAUUAUGCACUGGCUAUCAUUACAAUGAUUUGGUCGAUGGCGAUGAUGAUUGAAGCUCAAGUGUAUAUGAUCAGUGGAACUGUUGCACAAUGGUACUUCGCUAAGGAUGCUUCGAUGACGCGCCGUAGGAUUCGGAGUUCAGUCAGGAAUGCAUUUGGUCCUUCCUUUGGCACUGUCUGCUUUUCAGGCUUGUUGAUCUGUGUUGUCCGCAGUGUGCAAAAUAUCAUUGAUAGUGCAAGACGAGAAGAUGCAACUGGAAUAAAUCUUGUUCUACAGCAUUGCAUUGAAUUCCUACUCUCAGCUAUUGAUUUUUUGAACAAGUUCACAAUACACUUCGUAGCUAUAACUGGCGAAGGCUAUUGUUCUGCCUCUAAGAUGACAUAUGAACUCCUUAGACGCAAUCUUCUCUCGGUUGGCUUUGUUGAAGUCUCCACACAUAUGCUUUUGGGAAUCAUGUUUGUUAUAUCAACGAUCUAUGCGAUAAUGGUCUGUGCAAUAUUGAUGACUGUGAGUAAGCUGGGAACUAACGUAUACAUUAUGGCGAUGCAUGCAUGGCUGCUUCUCUUUGUGGUUCUUUCUUGCUUUGUCUAUGUCCUAGACAAUGUCAUCAACACUAUAUAUGUCUGCUUUGCCAUAGACAGGGACAAAGGGGAGGUCUCUAAGCAUGACGUGCAUCAAGUGUAUGGUCUACUUACUCUAACUAAGAGAGAGAGGCUUUUACUUGCGGGAAGAACUUCUUUGGUCUGAUCAGCUUUUGGCAGUCUGUUCUAUCCAAAUGGAAACCAUUUUGGCUAGUGUCCUGUGAUCUGCUAUUAAUGUGGAAUGUUCCAAGGUAUUUCACGUUGUGGAUUUCUUGUUAUGUGACUGUGGUAAGAGUGUUGUUGCUUAGAUUUACAUGGGUGGAUAUGGCAAGGCUGAAUGUUGCCACUGGUUUAUCCGACCAGUAAGUUCUGUGGUAGCUUCAUCAAAUGAAUGAAGUUUUUUCCAGUGAAUGGAGUUCCACAAUAUUUUUUGCAAUUGAAAUCUCUUGUUCCGUUAGUAAUAGGUUGAGUUGUAAUAGAUUUUUAAUUAUGUAAUGUUAUGGGUUGGUUAAG